GUGAUGUUGCUAGCUACGUUUUUUAUUUUUUGUAUUGCUGCAUCUAAUAUUGGCUUUGGAGAUGCUCAAAAGCCCUUUAAUGUGUUGGAUUUUGGUGCAGUUGGAGAUGGCAGAACUGACGAUUCCCAAGCGUUUAUAAAAGCAUGGGAAGCCCUCUGUGGAGCCAGUGGAGGCACAGCAACACUAGUAAUACCAAUCGGCUAUACAUUUUUAUUGAAACCUGUAAAAUUUGAAGGUCCCUGCAAGUCCAAUACGGUUCACAUUCAGGUAGCAGGGAACAUUGUAGCACCCAGGACAGUCGCUGCUUGGAGUAGCUGUGGAACUUUGUGCUGGCUAUGCUUCUACAGCGUAAACGGUCUAAUUCUAGAUGGAUCAGGCCAAAUUGAUGGUCAGGGUUCAGAGUGGUGGAAAGCUGCUCUAUACUUUCACGACUGUAAUAACCUUCAAUUAAAUGGACUUAAUGUUAUCAACAGUCCAAGAAACCAUGUCAACUUGAAUGGUUGCAAGGGUGUCUUCGUCUCUGGCCUUAAAAUUACUGCACCAGGAGAUAGCCCUAACACUGAUGGAAUCGAUAUGACUGAUUCUAGCCUAGUUAACGUGGUUGACUCUACAAUAGGAACAGGUGAUGAUUGUAUUGCGGUAAAUGGGGGCUGCUCCAGCAUCAACAUUACCCACGUUAACUGUGGACCAGGUCAUGGAAUUAGCAUUGGAAGUCUAGGACAAAAUGGAGCUACUGAUCAAGUGGAGGAGGUGCAUGUUCGAAAUUGGGGAUCAGGGUAUGCUAGGAGGAUCACAUUCGAGCAAAUAACGCUUAAUGCAGUUGGAAACCCUAUCAUAAUUGACCAACAUUACUGCGAUGGAAAGCGCUGCCCCGAGAAGGCAAAGGCAGUUGCCGUGAGCGACGUGACAUUUACAGGUGUCCGGGGAACAUCUUCUGAUGUGCAAGCAAUUACGUUGGAUUGUGCAGGAAUAGGUUGCAGCAACAUCAGAAUGAGUCAAGUCACUAUCACCUCAUCGGUGGCUGGGAAGCAGACUACUGCAGUUUGCAGCAAUGCUCAUGGAACAUCUAGCUCCACAACACCCGCGGUUCCAUGCCUCUCAGGCAAAGGAAUUGCUAGGAAAUUUUUGACACUAGCUAGUUAA